AUGACAGAAUUCCUCAUUGUUGUCCCAGAGGGUCGCCAUGAAGUACAGGAGGUGUUUGCUGAGUCCAACUCCAGAGUUGUACUCCCGUGUGUUUGCAACGCUUCAUCUCCAGCCAUCACCUGGAGGAAACCCAACCAAGGUAACGUGUGGAGACAGGAGAAGAGCGGGAUGCAGUUCUGGGGAUCCAAAUGGCUGCAGAGAGGAGCCCAGCGUGUGCGAUGCCCUCACUCCCAGUUAGACAGAGGCGACUGCAGUCUGCACAUCAACAACGUCAGGGAGGACGACGGCGGCAUGUUUGAGUGCACGUUCAACAGCGGCGGACAGCCCAUGACACGCUCGGUUAUGCUGAGAGUCAUCACAGUGUCUUUCUCGUCAGUGUCCCCUGUGGUCGGGAUAAAGGUUUCCAUGCGCUGUGAUGUGUCACCUCAGCCUGUGGGUGCCAGCGUGCAGUGGAGAUUGAACAACAGCACAUUUGUGUCUACAAGUAGAGAGAACCCUAAAGCGGCUCAGUGGACUGUGGAGGAAACGGCCAGCGUGACCCUGACAGGAAAGUGGACUUGCGUGGUGGUCCACCAGGGCUUGAUGGGCCGAGCAUCUGCAGAUUUAACCGUGAAAGGAAUCAUCCAUCCAUCUAGAGAUGAUGUGCAGAUGUACGCAGCUGUGGGAUGUGCAGCCACCCUCCCUUGUGUCUUCUCCCCUGGACAAAUCCCUUCUGAGACCAGCUGGCACAAACCUUCUGGUCCUCUUCCUCCUUCCUUUUUGUCUUCAUCGCCAGCUUCCAAACCUGCUUGGGAUCAGUCGGCCCGGCUGGGAAAUGUCAGUCUUGAAGAUGAGGGGAUUUACAGAUGUGCAGGUGUUGUUGGAGGACAAAGCCUGUCUCGAAGGAUGCAGCUCGUCGUCGCCAAAGUUGGCCGCAGCGUCUCAUGGAGGAAAACAGUGGCACUGACAUGUCAGCUGACGGACACCAGCGAGGUCGCCCGUUACCAGUGGGUUCACGUGACCUUUGCCCCCAGCGGCACACCAUUGGUUGAAUCCAUCCAGGAAGGAAAGACUCUUUAUAUGACAAACGGGAACGAUGAGGGUGUUGGAGAAUGGGUGUGUCGCUUUUACAGUAAAGAAGGCCUUCUGGGAAACGUAACGCAUCGCAUCACUCCUCAGCAUGGUCACCUAAUUGAGUCAACGAGUCCUUUCUACGACAUAUCAAUGGCGCUCAGUCUCAGCGUUCUCCUCGUUCUUUUGGUUCUGAGUGUGGGUCAGCUAUACAAGCAUCACCAGAGGUGGACACAAAUCUUCCACCUUUCUGCACUGGAGACGAUUCUUCACGCUAGGUCCAAUGAGCGUGACAAAGGAGAGAAAUGCCAAGAGAAAAAGUGA